UCGGUUUGGUUCUGCUUGCCACGUUUGACUUUUCCUCUAACCAGCGGCGUUGGUGCAUGUUUAGUGUCAGGUGAUAGGCUUUUCAUUUACCGGCUUGAACUUAAAUUUAUAAAAUGUAUAUAAAGCUUCUUAUUCUUAGUUUAUGCAUAUAUUUAUGUGUAGCUGAUGAAAUUAAAAAAGAAAAGUCAGUUUUAGUUUUGACCAAAGACAAUUUUGAAGGGGCAAUCAAAGAUAAAAAUGUACUCGUCGAAUUUUAUGCUCCUUGGUGUGGUCAUUGUAAGGCCUUAGAACCUGAAUAUGCUAAAGCCGCUCAGAUCUUGGAAGAGGAAAAGUCCGACUUACUGUUGGCUAAAGUUGAUGCUACGGCGGAAACUGAUUUAGCUGAACAGCAUGGUGUCCGUGGGUAUCCUACUAUUAAGUUUUUCCGAGAGGGUAAAGUGAUAGAAUACUCUGGUGGACGAACUGCUGAUGACAUUAUACGCUGGCUGAAAAAGAAGACUGGACCUCCAGCAACUGAUUUAACUACGGUAGAGGCAACAAAAUCAUUUAUCGAUGGUGGUGAGGUAGUAGUUGUAGGCUUCUUUAAAGACCAAAAUUCAGAUCAGGCAAAGAUUUACAAGAAUGUUGCUGCAGAAAUGGAUGACUUUGUAUUUGGCAUUACUUCUACUGAUGAGGUGUACAGUGAAUUAAAGGCUACACAAGAUGGUGUUGUUUUGUUUAAAAAGUUUGAUGAAGGAAGGAAUGCCUAUGAAGGUGAAUUAUCAGAAGAGGAGUUGAAAAAAUUCUUGAAAUCUAAUAGCUUGCCUCUAGUGGUUGAAUUUAGCCAUGAAACAGCUCAGAAAAUCUUUGGCGGUGAUAUUAAAGCCCAUAACUUACUGUUCAUCAGCAAAGGAAGCUCAGAUUAUGAAAGCAAAAUUGAAACCUUCCGUAAAGUCGCUAAAGAAUUCAAAGGCAAAGUUCUUUUUGUUACUAUCAAUACUGAUGAUGAAGAUCAUGAGAGAAUCAUGGAAUUCUUUGGUCUUAAAAAAGAAGAGGCACCUACCAUGAGGCUGAUUAAACUAGAAGAUGAAAUGACUAAAUUCAAACCUACUACUACAGGAAUUGAAGAAAGUGAUAUUAGAGGAUUUGUUACUGGUGUUUUAGAAGGAAAGAUAAAGCAACACUUGCUUUCUGAGGAUGUUCCUGAAGGAUGGGACAAAGAACCAGUGAAAAUUCUAGUUGGAAAAAAUUUCGAUGAAGUAGUAUUUGAUAAAACAAAGAAUGUUCUAGUUGAAUUUUAUGCUCCAUGGUGUGGUCAUUGUAAACAGCUUGCUCCAAUAUAUGAUGAACUGGGUGAAAAGUACAAAGACCAAGCUGAUAUCGUAAUUGCAAAGAUGGAUGCUACUGCAAAUGAAUUAGAACAUACCAAGAUUAACAGUUUCCCUACAAUCAAGUUGUACAAAAAAGAUACAAAUGAAGUAGUAGAAUAUAAUGGCGAACGUACUCUUCAAGGCAUUAGUAGGUUUAUAGAAACUGGUGGAGAAUAUGGAAAAGCAGCUCCAGAUAAGGAGGAAGAUGAGGAGGAAGAAAAAGAUGACGAGCAGGCCAAGCGUGAUGAGCUUUAAAGGCAUUAUCACAAGACUUAAGUCAUCAUCUCCAUUUUUCUCAUACAACAUUGUGUACCAAAGUUGAGUGCGAUCAGUUCUUGUAACCAUUAAUUUCAUUCAUGCCAAUGGCUGGAUUCCAGGGGUUGUAACAAAUUAAGGACCUUUUUCUUGUUCAGUGAAUGUGCCGAAGCAGUUCUAAUAAAAUAUUGUUUUGUAA